CCUCCUCCAGCUUACCACUUUCCUAUCUCCCCUCUGCUCCUCAUUUCAUGUCAACUUGGUACUAUGAGCGCAUUCAUUUUUUAAUGACACUCAUUGCACGCGCUCAGUGUCUCUCCCCCCAUCUCCCUCUGUUCCCAGCUCCCCUCUUCACCACCUGUUAGUCUCCCAUUUUCUCCCUGCUCUGGACUUGCCUAUUUUUCCCUGUUUUUUAUGAGGAGUUUCAUGGUUCUUCUUUCUCUGAGCCCUAUGACUGUGCGGAAAGGAAAUCGUUUAGGCAUCUCCAUCCAGGAGCACAUGGCCAUCAAUGUCUGCCCAGGCCCCAUCCGCCCCAUUCGUCAAAUCUCUGCCUACUUCCCUCGCCUCUCGCCUACUUCCUCCUUCUCGGAACCGCUUUCGCCCAAUCAGCUGUUGAGCCCAGGCAGCGCAAGUCAAGGUGGAGGAGCUGUCGGAGGAGGAGUUGGAGAUGGAGAAGGAGGAGGAGGUGGAGCAAGCAGAUGCCUUUUGUCUCCGCUGUUACCAGGAGCUACUGGAGGAGGGGGGUCACUGUCAGCCAUGAGCAGCAUGGACACCUCCAUUGAGAUCGACAGCUGUGACAGUGAUGAUAACACCUCCCUGGGGACGUUAGAGUUUGACCUUCUGUACGAAAAAGCCACCAGCUCCUUACACUGCACAGUCCUCAGAGCAAAGGGCUUGAAGCCGAUGGAUUUCAACGGUUUGGCUGAUCCCUACGUCAAGCUGCAUCUGCUGCCGGGAGCUUGCAAGGCUAAUAAACUGAAAACAAAGAUUGUUCGAAACACACUCAACCCUGUGUGGAACGAGACGCUCACCUACUGCGGCAUCACAGAGGAGGACAUGUACCGCAAAACUCUCAGGGUGUCUGUGUGUGACGAAGACAAGCUGACACAUAACGAGUUCAUUGGGGAGUCGAGGGUGGCCCUGCGCCGCGUGAAGCCUGACCAGACCAAACACUUUAACAUCUGUCUGGAGCAUCCACCUCCUCUGCCUUCGCCGACGGCGACGAGCACAGCCCUGAGAGGAAUCUCCUGCUACCUGAGAGAGUGGGAGACCGAGCAGCAGAGAAGUCUGGAGGAGAGGGGCCGUUUGCUGCUCUGCCUCCAGUACCUCCCCCCAAACGGUGACGGCGAAUUGAAGUGUGAGGCCAAGGAGAGAGCUCGGGGUGGGCUUUGUGUGGGCGUCAAACGCUGUGCCCACUUGGCAGCGAUGGAUGUCAACGGCUUCUCUGACCCCUACGUUAAAACGUACUUGAAGCCAGAUGUUCAGAAAAAAUCCAAGCACAAAACAACGGUCAUAAAAAAGACUUUGAAUCCAGAGUUUAACGAGGAGUUCUUCUAUGAAAUCUCCUUCACAGAGUUAGCCACUAAGACACUAGAGGUCACAGUGUGGGAUUAUGACCUGGGAAAGUCCAAUGACUUCAUAGGGGGGGUGUCCUUCGGGUGCCAUUCGCAGGGAGAUGCUCUGCAGCACUGGAUCGACUGUCUGAAAAACAAGGGCAAGAAGGUGGAGCGCUGGCACACCCUGACCAACGAGCUGCCGGGCUCCACCCUGCAGGAGUGAACCAGGCCUCCUCCUCUGUGCUGACGCUGUAGGAAGGCGCUGAAAGUCUUAGACCAGGGGGACCUUUCAUCGCAUGCUCUGAAGACUUCCUGCAUGACUGUGAUGGAUUCAUAUUCUGCUUACUUUGUGUCAGAACUGAAAGCAGCAUUCCAAUCAGUACUCUAUAAUCGAUAUAAAUGGACCUAAUUUAAAAUAUUCACAGGCAUUCAUGUCUCAAAAGAGAAUGUAAUGGCUCAGUAAAUGCACCACACUAUUCUGAUCUGAUUCAACAGGAAACACUGGAAAUCCUGCAUGUCCUGCAUGUGAUCAGGGAGAGGGUUUUAAUUAUUCUGCAGUUUGAAAUCCAUGUAGGGUCCCUCAUGUCAGCUUUGCUUGCUUUUAAUAAAUCCCGUCUGUUAUUUUCAUUAACCCCUGACAUUAAAUCUUGACGUUAGUGUCCUGCAGUGCUCAUACCUCUCCCUUUGCAAUAACAUUUAUUCUUCCCUGAUGCUUCCAGAGAUUUCCAAGUGGUCUUAAUCCUGUCGGACGUUUCCCAUCUAUUGGUUUGCCUGUCUCUGGGCUUCCAGCAGAUGGCCCGGUCUGUUAAGAUAAUUGGCUCUUUUAAUGUCGAUUGUUCGUGUGAAUCGUUUGCAUGUUUGAUGUUGAUGGAGCUGGUCCUGACAUCGUGUUGAGCUCUUCUGUUUUAAGUAAAAGGAGUUUUAUACUAACUCACAUUUGACGUCUCUAACAGUUGUUUGAUGUGUCAGCGCUGAUAUUUCUGUGUCAGGUUCUUGUCAAUGCUUUUUUUGAUAUGUAAAAAUAAAGAGGAACAUGGAGGUUUAAUUAAGCACAGAGAAGUUUCACAGCAAAGAAGAAUAGAAUAGAAUAGAAAUAACCUGUAUUCAGUGGGGGAAUUCAGGUGUACCAGCAGCAAAGUGAAAGACAAUUUACAGUAUAAAGAAAAUACUGUGCAGUUAUUCAAAAUACUCAGAUUCAAAGAAAGGUGCAACUCAGUUGUAUCAUUUAAAAAUGCACAACAUGUCCAUGUAUACAAUAACAGACUAUUUACAAGAAAUGGAAAGAGUGUUCAUGGUUGUAGUCCUAUGCAGUAAAUGACACUAUCAGCCUUUGUGUAACACAAAAUCAGUGAUGAAUUGUUUAAAUAAGAACAGUGUUGUGUGGUACCUCUCUGUAUCUGCUGCUUGCCUCUGUAUUUGACCAAGCUGCAGGUUUUAUCUGUGGUGAAUGAGGCUAAUACUAAUACUAAUAAUACCGCUGUUGUUCAUAAGUGAAUACAUUUAGUGUUUUAACUGUUUUGAAUAUUUGUCUCUUUGGAAAGUGAGCAUGAUUGUUUUUGUUCUUUAUAAAACAUGUAUUUCUAAAUAACUGGUUCCAAAGUGGCCUCUGUGAAUCUCUGAUGUUUACUCACGGUCCAGUGGCAACCCAAUAAAGCUAAAUACUGCUACCUAGUCUCCUGGACCUGCAACUGCAGCCUCUUCUCUGACCAUAAGGUCAGCAGAAAAACCCACAACAAGAUAGAAAUUAAAAUAACUAAUAAAUCCAUGUAGAACAGCAGCAUGCAUAAGAAUAUCCACGUUUAUUGGCACCUUUAAAAGUAUUUUUAGAAGGAGUUAAAAUAAAUGUAUCUUUUAUUGCAAGAGCAUAAUCUUACAUCUAAAAAUUCUGAAAAAUCCAACCUUUAAUUUGAGUUUAUUUAUUCAAUGGGGAACAAUCACUAGAUAAAGAAAUAAUUAUUUAAAACAAGAAGCGACAUAUGACCCCCCCAUUUGGACUUCUUGCACAAAACAAAUGUAACUGAAGCCUUUUUUUAUUUAUUAUUUUUUUAAGUUGACUUUUAAUUCUUAAUCAUUGAAUUAUGGGGGUGCAAAUGUGAUGCGAUACAAAGGCGGAUCUCUCUUAGCCACUCUUGAAAAUGAGAAAGACAAGAAAACAUGUGACUCAAGUAAGGCAGAUGCGUUUUGAUCUUCAAAAUCAGAAAAGGGCAACAAGAAAACAGCUACCUUCUGAAAGGGGCCUGUACUUGGUAAUAAAAAACUAAAAUAAUUAGAAAGAAAACAUUUUUCCAGUUUUAGAUCAUUCUACUAAAAUAAAACAUGAACUUAUUUUAAGGAUUUUCACACAUCAUUAAUAAAGUUGUCCAGAAGUCA